UAAUCGUAACCAUAACAAUAAUAGACACCAAAGUAUUAUGGCACAAAUACUAUUGAAUCCUUCAGUCAUUGUAGACUAUGUUAAGGGACGAGAAUUUCAAAAGUUUCUACCUGAUUGGAUCGUAGCUCUUGUGUUAAUAGUGUAUUUCUUUAUAGUGGCCGAGCAUGCAAAACCAUUUGAAAGACAAUUCAGUCUUAAUGACUUAACCAUAUCACAUCCAUUCGCUAUUCACGAAAGAGUUAGUGGUACACUUUGUCUAUUAAUAGCAUUUUUCAUUCCUAUUAUUGUCAUUACUUCGUAUACGUUAUAUAAACAAACAAAAUUAACUAAUAACAAUAGUAAUAACAAUAGUAAUAAUAAUAAUAGUCAAGAAAAGGCAUUACAUAAUCUACAAAUAGCAUUGUUAGGCCUUGUUAUAUCAUUGUCAGUCAAUGGAGUUGUAACAGAUAUAUUAAAAAACUGGAUUGCAAGACCAAGACCAGAUUUUCUUGCUCGUUGUGGAGCUGCCAUUGGUACUCCCUCGGAUGUUUUAGUUGAUAUUUCUGUUUGUACAGCUCCAUUAGGUAAGAGAAUUUUAACUGAUGGAAUGAGAUCUACACCUUCUGGUCAUUCUUCUAUCAGUUUUAGUGCAUUAUUGUAUUUAUCCCUUUGGCUUACAGGACAAUUCAAACUUACACUGAAAACAAAUUCUUCUCAACCACUUCAUAAAUUUAUAAUUGCGGGAUUACCAAUCUUAUUAUCCAGUUAUAUUGCAUUAAGUAGAACUCAGGAUUAUAGACACCAUUUCGUGGAUAUCAUUUUAGGGGGUUGUAUUGGAAUUUUCUUUGCUAUAACAUCAUACUUAAGAUAUUUCCCAUCGAUAUAUUCUGAAGACUGUGAUAGAACUUUAGAUGAAAUUGAAUCUAAUUAUUCAGAACCAUUAUUACCUCGUUAAUAUACUAACGACUAUAUAGUGACUACUAGAGCUAAUAUAUAGUAUCUAAUACUUAAAGAAACUGUAAUAUUACAUAAUGUGUAUAACUAAAAAUAAAUAAUUUAACUUAAUAAUAUAAC